AUGGCCGGGGUCGAAAGGAACUGCACAUCGCAGUUGUCCCCCCAGGAGCGAUCGGUGAUCCUGGCCAUGCUCGAGGAGUACACGAACGCUCUGGUCAUUUACCACAACACUCUGGAAAAACCAGCGAAGGACGUUAACGAUAUCGCCGAGUGCAUUCUGUUCGAUACCGAGUACGUACGUUACACAAACCUCAGCCCCGACGACAUCGCGAGAAUCGAGGAACUGAAAGGACAAGCUGUGUCCGCGAAACUUCACGAAGACAGCCUGUACUUACAAAAAAUCAUGGAAGACCUCAAGGAUGAGGUCCGCGAGAAAGGAACGUUCGAGGUGUUGACCAAAGAGGUCGAAAGAUUGAUAGCCCAGGAGAAAGAGGAGGAGACUUUGCGUCUGGAAACCGAGAGGCUGGAGAAACUCGCGGCGGAACUGAAGAAAACGAUCGCCGAGGAGAAGAUCGCGAACGAAGAGGAGAAGAAACGUAUACUGAACGCGCUCGCCGAAGAGAAGCGAGACAUAGAGAAACUAAAAUUAAUUGCGGACGCGGAGCUGGAUUACGUUACCGCGUGGGAGGCCGCGAGAUACGAGCAGAACGCGGCGCGCGCUGACAUGGAAAUAGAAAAGUUGGAAAAGAUAUUAAACGAGUGCCGGACGCGCGAGAAAAACGAGGAACGGGUUCACAACCAGCGCACGAUGUUCCUGACACGUGAUAUAAAGUCGUUCGAGGAGAAGACGAGGGAAUGGGAGGAACGUUACGUACGGGAGAAAGAAAUGCACGAGAAGAAAAUCCGGCAGCUACGCAUUGAGAUAGCGGCUCGUCGAAAGGAAUUGGAGGAACUUACGGAAGAGUAUCAUCAUAAACAGGAAUUCAUAGACACGUGUCUGACGGAGAAAGAGGCACUCAGGAAAGAAACGGAGCAGAAGGAGCGUGAACGAAGUGGCGCGAUCAGGAUUCAAGCCUGGUGGCGGGGUGUUAUGGUGCGCCGGAAGUUGGGACCGUAUCGACCUGAGGAGAAAAAGAAGAGGCGGGCUAAGACCAAGAAAUAA